AUGAUCAGAACAAGGGCAGCAAACUCCCCUCUCCCUGCAUCGCAGCAACCGUCCGACUUCACCAAGGAUGACAUCCGAAACACCUAUCGCAAACCGCUGCUGGACCUCAUCCAUGAAGCAUCCUCCGUGCACCGGGCUAACCAAGAUCCGCAUGCCAUUCAGCUUUGUACGCUGCUCAACAUCAAAUCUGGUGGUUGCUCAGAGGACUGCUCGUACUGCUCCCAGUCAUCGCGCUACAAGACUACAUCUCCAGUGACCAAGCUCAUGACUGUCGAUGAUGUACUCGUCAAGGCUCGGGAGGCAAAAGAAAAUGGGAGCACCCGCUUCUGUAUGGGUUCUGCAUGGCGCGAUAUGAAUGGUCGCAAGGCAAACCUCAAGCGUAUCUGUGAGAUGGUGACGGAGAUUCGUGGUAUGGGUAUGGAAGUGUGCACGACGCUCGGUAUGUUGAACGAGGCACAAGCUAUUCAGCUCAAAGAGGCUGGCUUGACUGCAUACAACCACAACAUUGACACGUCGCGUGAAUUUUACCCAUCUGUCAUCACCACCAGGUCAUUCGAUGAGCGAUUGGCCACGAUUGACAACGUCAAGUCUGCCGGCAUCAAGGUCUGCUCUGGUGGAAUCCUUGGUCUCGGAGAGAAGGAGGAAGACCGUAUUUCUUUCUUGCAUACACUUUCUGGCCUAAGGCCCGAGUCUCUACCCAUCAAUGCGCUCGUGCCCAUUGAAGGGACCCCCCUCUACUCGCAAGUGACAAAGCCGCUUCCUAUCCAGGAUAUCCUACGAACGAUCGCAACAGCACGCAUCUUGUUGCCAAAGACAAUCAUUCGUCUCGCAGCUGGCCGCAUCUCUCUUGCAGAGACCGAUCAGGCUAUGUGCUUCCUGGCUGGUGCGAAUGCAGUCUUUACAGGUGAGCGUAUGUUGACUACGGCCUGCUCAGGCUGGGAAGAGGACAAGGCCAUGCUCGACCGGUGGGGUCUUCGUGGGAUGAAGUCCUUUGAGAAGGCUGAGGAGCAACCGGCACAGCAGCAGGAACAGCCCAUCCUGUUCAAAGAUGCCGAGACGGUCAAGAGUGCCUCAACGGCUCAAUAA